UCCCUUGCAUCAAGUCACCGACCCAUUGAGUCAUUGGAUGCCUACAAUGUUUCCUUCUAACUCGACACAAAGCAAAGCCCCUUUUCACUACAAAAUCUCUCUGCAGAAAUCCUCAUGAACACAAGUCAGGCAACAUUUUCAAAAUGCUUAUCUGAGUAAGUUUAUCUACUUCGAUCUUGAUCUUAUGGGGGUGGGUGGUUUAAGGCUAACCAUUACCGAUCUAUCUUUUAGGGUUUUCUUGAAUUCGUUUAGUUAAUUCAAUUGAAAGUUAUUGUAUUUCCGAUUAGAGCUUGUUGAUUUCAAUAGAAUGGAUGAGGGAACUAUGAUCUGGGUUUCUUAAAUUCUUCCUUUUUUUUUUUUUCUGAAUCUAACGAAUCGAAUCGAUGGCAAACAAUCUUUUUAUGGAAACCAAGAUUCUAAACCCUAAUACGUCCUAUCUAAGUUUUGGGAAACCAAAAUCUGAUGGUAGCUUGAACGAUCACAACAUGAGCGAUGAAGAUGAACCAAGUUUCAUGGAAGACGGAAGUGGGGCGAAAGGUAGAAAGGGCAGUUCAUCGCAAUGGCAGCGAAUGAAAUGGUCAGAUAGCAGAGUCAGACUUUUGAUCCAGAUCGUGGCUUCUGUUGGAGACGACGAUGGCGCCAUUGACGGUGGUUCAACUCGGAAAUCCUCCGGAUGCUUACAGAAAAAAGGAAAAUGGAAAUCUGUUUCAAAGAUCAUGGUUUCAAAAGGAUGCCAAGUUUCACCACAACAAUGCGAGGACAAAUUCAACGAUUUAAACAAAAGGUACAAGCGAUUAAACGAUAUUCUUGGGAGAGGAACUUCAUGUAGAGUUGUUGAAAACCCAUCUUUAAUGGAUUCAAUCCCACGUUUAUCUCCAAAAAUGAAAGAAGAUGUGAAAAAGAUCUUGAGUUCAAAGCAUCUUUUUUACCCAGAAAUGUGUGCUUACCAUAAUGGUCAAAAGAUCCCGAAUUGCACAGAACUUGAGUCAUCACCCAUUGUGGGGCAAUCUUCAAAGGAUGAUGAUUCAGAUCAUGAGGAUGAGGAUGAGAGUGAAGAUGAUGAUGAAAGUGAAGAUGAUGGAGAAAGAGAAAAAGGUAGCACUCAUAAUGUAAAUGUAUUUUUUGAUGAGAUGAAUGAGUUUUUUGAAGAUGUUAACAAUUCCAAAGUGCAAAAGAAAGAAUGGGUUAUGAAGCGAAUGGUGUUGUUGCAUGAACAAAGAAUUGGGAUUGAAAGUGAAGCAUUUGAGAUGGAGAAAAGGCGGUUUAAAUGGCAGAGAUUUUGUGAUAGGAAAGAUCGUGAGUUGGAAGUUUCAAGAUUGGAGAAUGAGAGAUUGAUGUUGGAGAAUGAGCGAAUGACGUUGCAAUUAAAGCGUAAGGAUCAUGUUAUGGAUUCAGUUAGCAGCUAGCUUUUCAGUUACUCUGUCAAACCUUAGUGUAUUUUGAAAAUAACUUUGAAUAGAUUCUAAGAUAUGAAAUGGUGAAAAGUUAUAUUUUGUUUUUGUAAUCUUGUUUGAAAGGGGGUUUUGAGUUAUGAAAGUAUUUGUGAAUUGUGAUA